AUUCUAAAAGAAACAAAACUUUUAGAGUGCAGUUUCUAAGAGUACUCAAACCAGAGUCUGGAGCAACACUAAGACGAGGGCCUUGCCGGAUUCACCAAUUUGUAUUUGUAUCGAUCUCAACUAUGUGGAUCUUUGGAUGGACCGGACCAUCUGGGUUCUCAGCCCGUUCUACAGCCAAAGAAGUCACAGAAGGAAUUGAUGGGAAUGGCCUCACUGCUAUUGUUACAGGAGCCUCAAGUGGUCUCGGUGAAGAGACGACACGUGUUCUUGCAUUACGAGGAGUCUAUGUCAUUAUGGCUGUAAGAAAUGUUGAAGCAGGGAAAAAAGUAAAAGAAGCAGUACUGAAAGAAUCCCCCUCUGCCAAAAUUGAUGUCAUGGAGUUAGAUCUUAGUUCAAUGGAAUCUGUAAGGAAAUUUGCAUCAGAUUACAUUGCAUCAGGCCGUGCACUAAAUAUUCUCAUGAACAAUGCGGGUGUUAUGGCGACGCCUUUUAUGCUUUCGCAUGACGGCAUAGAGUUGCAGUUUGCAACAAACCAUAUAGGACAUUUUCUUCUGACAAACCUUCUGCUGGAGACUAUGAAAAAAACUGUGGUUGAAAGCAAAAAGGAGGGAAGGAUUGUCAAUCUGUCGUCGGAGGGGCACCGAUUGACAUAUGGCGAAGGAGUUCGUUUCGAUAAAAUCAAUGACGAAUCAGAGUACAGAACUAUCUUUGCUUAUGGACAAUCAAAGCUUUCCAACAUAUUGCAUGCCAAAGAGCUUGCCAGGCGGUUGAAGGAAGAAGGGGUGGAAAUAACAGCCAACGCCCUUCAUCCUGGAGCAAUUGCUGCUACCAAUCUACUACGCUUCCAUGGUCUCAUUAAUGCUGUUGCUACUUCCGUUGCUACAUUUGUGCUUAAAAACGUCCAGCAGGGAGCGGCGACUCAGUGCUAUGUGGCAUUGAAUCCCCAAGUGAAAGGGGUAAGUGGAGAGUAUUUUGUGGAUAGUAAUAUAGCCAACCCAACCAAUCAUGCCAAAGAUAUGGAAUUGGCUAAGAAACUGUGGGAUUUUAGUAUGGAUCUAACCACCCCUAAAUAAUUGUAUCUCUUCUGAAAAACCUUCCUUACUCUUAGCUUCUCAUCUCAGGCUCUUCAUGUUAGAGAUAUAUGGACAGUUUGUGGUGGAAGUAGAUGAACCAUUGUUUGUAGUUUUAAGUGCCACUUGAGAAACAGAUACGAGUAUAAGUUUGUAAUGCUUUGUUUUGAAACAGAUACCAUAGUCAUUCUUGUUGAUUUCAUAUUGCUGGGUUUGAGUGUAUUUGGAAAGGUGUUCAUAAUAAAGGCAUAUCCAACCA